CAAAGCCCUUAUAUAUUAUAUAUUUUUCUUUUUUCUUUUUUUUUGAAAAAUAUUGUUAUCAAUAAAAAAUAGUGUUGAUUUUCAUAUCCAAACACUUCUUGUUAUCUAGCAAUUUAUAAAAUUUCCAGCGUCAUAAAGAAAUCAAACCCUACACUUAGGGUUUCCUCUCUAUCCCCUUCUCUUAGAAAAAGAGAAAAGGAAAAACAUUUCUUUUUAAGUAUCAUAAUUUUUGACAAUUUCAGUUAUGCAAUAUUGACCCACUUUGUUAAGAUUAAGAAAAAAAAAAUCUUCUUUUUUGCUGUUAAACGAGAUUGAUCGAAAAGGAUUAAGUAUUUGUUUUAUUGGGUUUUUAAAAUUUUUUUUACUAUUUUUGUUGUUAAAUUGGAGAAAUGGAGAAGAAAAAGGUGACUGUGCCAUUAGUGUGCCAUGGGCAUUCAAGGCCGGUGGUUGAUUUGUUCUACAGUCCUAUAACUCCUGAUGGAUUUUUUCUUAUUAGUGCCAGUAAAGACUCCAGUCCAAUGUUAAGAAAUGGGGAAACUGGAGAUUGGAUUGGUACAUUUGAAGGGCAUAAAGGUGCAAUAUGGAGCUCCUGUCUGGAUACCAAAGCAUUACGUGCAGCAUCUGCCUCGGCUGACUUUUCUGCGAAACUGUGGGAUGCAUUGACCGGAGAUGAAUUGCACUCUUUUGAGCACAAGCAUAUUGUUCGAGCAUGUGCAUUUUCAGAUGACACACACUUUUUACUCACUGGUGGAAUUGAGAAAAUUCUCCGAAUAUUUGAUUUGAAUCGUUUAGAUGAGCAGCCAAGACAAGUGGAUAAUUCUCCUGGUUCAAUUAGAACUGUUGCAUGGCUCCAUAGUGACCAGAUGAUCUUAAGUUCUUGCACUGAUACUAAUGGUGUUAGGUUGUGGGAUCUGAGAAGUGGCAAAAUUGUUCAAACACUUGAGACCAAAUCACCCGUCACCAGCGCGGAAGUGAGUCAGGAUGGUCGCUAUAUAACUACUGCUGAUGGAUCUACUGUUAAGUUUUGGGAUGCAAAUCAUUUUGGAUUGGUGAAAAGCUAUGACAUGCCAUGCAAUGUAGAAUCAGCUUCAUUGGAACCAAAGCAUGGUAAUAAGUUCAUUGCCGGAGGGGAAGACAUGUGGGUCCAUGUCUUUGAUUUUCAUACCGGAGAAGAGCUUGGUUGCAACAAGGGUCACCAUGGUCCUGUCCACUGUGUUCGUUUCUCACCAGGAGGGGGGUCCUUUGCAUCGGGAUCUGAAGAUGGUACCAUUAGAAUAUGGCAGACAAGUCCAGUGACUCACGAUGAGAGUGAUCUACUUGGAAGCGAACCAAGUGGGAAAGUGAAGGCUGUCGCUGAUGAGGUUGCCCGUAAGAUUGAGAGUGGCCUCCAUAUUGGCGGGGAAGGUAAAACUGGAGAUACGGAUAAGGCAACUGAUGCCUGACAUGGUAUUAAAAUUGUUUAGUGCAUUCAACGAGUGUUUGUUUCAGCUUGCGUGCCAGGUUUGUAGGAUUAUGGUGUCUUUCCGCACCUUUCCUGUUCUUCUUCUCUAUCGAAAUAAAAUGAACUACCAAACUUCCUUUAUCUUUCAAGUAAAGUUGGAAGUUUUGAUCUUAAAAUCAAUGAACGUUUUGGCUUUGUUUAA